UGCAACGAACUCUCUCUGUCUGACAUAACUCUCCCAAUCCGGUAUGUGAUGCUGGGGACGUCUAUGACUGACUGCCUGCUGACAAACACACACAAACGUUGUUUGCCAAAAAACACUGGAGAUUGGUAGCUAGAAGAAAAAGUUUUGGUGCUGCGUUUUCUUUGACGCAGUGGAUGCCACGGCACAGAUAGACACACAGGAGAAUGUCGGUGAAUCUAAGUAAAAACGGAGCAGCACUCACGGCCGCGUAUAAAGAAGUGGUGGAUGUGAAGUCUGAUACCAACUGGGCUCUGUUCACCUAUGAGGGGAACACCAAUGACAUCCGCCUGGCAGAGAAGGGAGACGGCGGUCUGGGGGAGAUGGUGGAGGAGUUGAGCAGUGGGAAGGUGAUGUAUGCCUUCUGUCGUGUCAAGGACCCCAACUCUGGCCUGUGUAAAUAUGUCCUCAUCAACUGGACAGGUGAAGGGGUAAAGGACUCUCGGAAAGGACAGUGCGCCAACCAUGUCAUUUCCAUGGGUAACUUCCUAAGGGGUGCCCAUGUGACCAUCAAUGCACGGGGAGAGGAUGACGUGGAGCCAGAGAGCAUCAUGGGUAAAGUGGCCAAGGCGUCGGGGGCCAACUUUAACUUUCGCAAAGGGACACAGAAAUACAGCGAUGUACCCAGUGGACCUGUGGGGUCGGUGUACCAGAAGACUAAUGCUGUGGAUGAGAUUCUGCAAACCAAAGAGACACAGAAAUAUGACAUACCCAGAGGGCCUGUGGGGUCGGUGUACCAGAAGACUAAUGCUGUGGAUGAGAUUCUGCAAACCAACAAGGACAACUUCUGGGCCCAAUCUCAGAGAGAUGAGGAGGUGCGUCAGAAGGAGGAGAGCAAGAGAGUGGAAGAGGAGAGGCAAAGGGUGAAAAGAGAGCAAAAAGAGAGGGAUGAAAAGGAGGCUGCAGAGAGAGAAAUGAGGGCAAAGGAGAGAACCUCUCAAAUCGACCAGGCAAAAACUUACCAGAAGCAGCAGGAGUCAGGGUAUAGAGACCAGGAACAACAUCAGCCGGAGCAGCAUGACAGUGAGUGUCAGAACUCUCAGAGGAUAAGACCUGCAUCUGUACAAAAAGCAAACGAGGCAGCACGUCUGAUCUCCCAGAGGUCCUUGAACCCCAGAGAGCUGUUUAAAAAAGAGAGCAGAGUGCCUCACUGGACAACACGCCCAGCUCCAGACCUGGGAAGCUGCAGAGCCACUUCCUGACUCAGAAGUCCACUGAGAGAGAAACACCCAACGAACCACGUUCCCCACAAUACCCUGCUUUUUUUCACCCAGAAGCCCCGGCUCCACUGGUCCCAAAAACACCUGCUCUGCUCUCAGAGCCUAAGGCACAGGCAGCCCCACUCU